AUGGCGAACCUUGACUCCAUUCACCUUCUUUCGGAGGCCGCAUAUGGAUGUGAACAUUUGGCUACCCUCUUGAAGAAUGGCCAGACAGCAGGCCAGUUCAAAAUUAGCUUUCGCAAGAUGUAUGAGGCGCUGGCUCCCUACACCAAGCCUGAGCCAGUGGCGGUACAGACUACCGGCUUGCGCACUGUAUCUUCGCUGAAGCCCAAGUAUCAUUGUGUCUCUUGUCCCGAAGUCUGCCUGAACACUGAAAGAAAGGCACAUACUAAGAAGACCGGUCAUGUUUUUUACAUGGAGUCACGAAACCGUUUCCUCUUUUGCGAGAAUUGUGCGGACCUUGUCUAUGAUCAUGGCCUGGAAAGACUCUGUGGACCUCAGGCUAAGUUUGAAUACGGCAAAGGUGCUGCAUGGGUCACUGACGCAGCCUCUGAGGCUUAUGUUAAGAACAACGCUUACAAAAACCCUUGCUCCCGUCGUGGUGCCCGUGGAGUUUGGAAUAUGGGACAAACAUGCUAUCAAUCCGUAAUUCUUCAAGCCUUGCUGCAUGACCCAACCCUCAAUGCCUACUUCCUUGCUGGCGGACACGAUAUCCACACUUGCGAACGGAGCUUUUGCAUGGCCUGUGCCGCCACUGAAGUGUUUAUGGAAUUCAACAGCGGCGAAAAGACCGACGCCGUAUCGGCAGCUACUUUGCUCUACCACGGCUGGGAUGCGUCUCGGGAUAUGGCCGGAUACCGUCAGCAGGAUGCCCACGAAUACUUUCAAUUCCUAGUGAAUUCCCUCCAUGCGGCUACACCAGGACACUCCGAAAGUCAUGGUAAAAAAUGUCGCUGUUUCUUCCACCGUACCUUCUAUGGUGAGCUCCAAAGCAGUGUCAUGUGCCACAAGUGCGGCAAGACCACUCAGACCUUAGAUCCAAUGGCCGACCUGAGCCUUGAUGUGCAGCUGCAAACCAAGAAACGCAAGCUGGCUUCCCGAGCUAGCUCCACCCCAGCCACAUUGACUGGUUGUUUGGACAAUUUCACCGCCAUCGAGGACCUGUCUGCCGAUGCCUCCUAUCACUGUGAAAAGUGUGGUAACACCCCUCAGCGCGCAUCGAAGCGGCUGCAGAUCCGCAAGCUGCCUUCCAUUCUUUGCAUGCAUCUCAAGCGUUACGAGCAUAAAUCAGCUUCCUCUGAGAAGAUGCACGGCCACAUUGACUUCCCCCUCACUCUGAACAUGCUCCCUUACACUGUAAAGAAGGACAAGGAACGUGUCGAUACAUCCCGGUACAUCUAUGACCUGUCGACGGUCGUAGUCCACCAAGGUAGCAUGGAAUCCGGACACUACUACGCGUACACCCGCGUGGCAGGUGAUAAGUGGGUGUUGAUGGAUGACAACAAAGUCACCGUUGCCAGUGUGGCGGAGGUCCUGCGACAGGACGCCUACCUACUGUUCUACGGGAUCCGGACUAUCGGGUCCGAGAAGACCUAG